GUCGAAGACCUCGUGUGGCAACGCGACUCGCUCGUGGAGCAGGCCGCCAGCGAUGUGCGGAUGCUCGGCGAGGCGCCGGCGAUCGCCGCGUUACGCAAGACCAUCCAGCGCGUCGCCGACGCCGACCUGGCGGUGCUGGUGCUCGGCGAGAACGGCACGGAAAAAGAAGUUGUCGCGCAGUCGCUCCACUUCCAGAGCCGCCGCCGCAACGCGCCGCUGCUGGCGGUGAACUGCGCGGCGAUCGCCGAGUCGCUCUUGGAGAGCGAACUGUUCGGCCAUGAGAAGGGCGCCUUCACCGACGCGCGCGAGUCGCGGGCCGGCAAGUUCGAGCUCGCCGACGGCGGAACGCUGCUGCUCGACGAGAUCGGCGACAUGUCCCCCGGGGGGCAGGCGAAGCUGCUGCGGGUGCUCGAAGACAAGACCGUCGUGCGCGUUGGCGGCUCGGAAGAACGCAAGGUCGAUGUGCGAGUCGUCGCCGCCACCAACCGCGACCUCGCCGAGCGCGUCCGCGAAGGCAAGUUCCGCGAAGACCUCUUCUAUCGGCUGUGCGUGGUGACGAUCGAGCUGCCGCCGUUGCGCGACCGUGGCGACGACGUGAUCCUCCUCGCCGAGCACUUCUUGAAGCAGUACAGCCAAAAGCGCGGCCGCAAGACGCCAAAGCUCUCCGCGACGGCCAAACGAAAACUUACCAGCCACAACUGGCCCGGCAACAUCCGCGAGCUACGCAACCUGAUGGAGCGCGUCGCGUACCUGACCGACGAGCCGAUGAUCGAAGCCGACGACCUGGCGAUCAUCGACCGCGGCCCGACCCGCGGCGCCGGCGGCGAGCUGGCGAUCGAAGGCGAACUGACCGAAGCCACAGGCGAGUUCCAACGCCGCCUCAUCAAUCGAGAAAUCGAACGCGCUAGGGGCAACGUCGCCGCCGCGGCCCGGUCGCUCGGGCUUCAUCGUUCCAAUCUUUAUCGGAAGAUGAAGCAACUCGGGAUGGACACCGAAGAAGAUUGA